GUGGUGGUGUUCGAUUGGAAGAGGUGGUGGGAGUGUUCGAUUGGAAGAGGUCGAAGUUGUGGUGGCUGACGGUGGUGUUCGAUUGGAAGAGGUGGAAGUUGUGGUGGCUGACGGUGGUGUUCGAUUGGAAGAGGUGGAAGUUGUGGUGGCUGGUGGUUGGGUUGGUGGACGCCGCCGGAUUGUCAGGCACGUGACCCCGUGCCGCCAGCGCUGAGGGCACAAGGCUGACGCACGUGGUGGCUACUACAGUCGCGUGCGGGGGACGUUGCGAGCCGGCGACGCGAUGGCAGCCAGCGCCGGCCUGCGCCUACCGCCGCUGCCCACCAUCGGCGAGAUCAUCCGCGUGUACAACCUGCGCGCGCAGAAGCAGCUCUCGCAGAACUUCCUGCUAAACCAGCGCCUGUCCGACAAGAUCGUGCGGCAGUCGGGCUCGCUGCGCGACGCCUACGUGUGCGAGGUGGGUCCCGGCCCGGGCAGCCUCACCCGCGCCAUCCUGGAGCGUGGCGCCGCCCGCGUCCUGGCCAUCGAGAAGGACCCUCGCUUCCUGCCAAGCCUGCGGCUGCUGUCGGAGGCGGCUCCCGGGCGGAUGGAGGUGGUGUUGGGGGACGUCCUCACAUACCCCCUGGACAACUCCUUCCCAGAGUCCCUGAGAUGCAGAUGGGAUGAGGAUCCUCCCAACAUCCACAUCAUCGGCAACCUGCCCUUCAGCGUCUCCACCGCGCUCGUCAUCGAUUGGCUCGAGUGCAUGGCCAAUCGCAGUGGGCCCUUCUCCUACGGCAGGACCCGACUCACGCUCACCUUCCAGAAAGAAGUGGCCGAGCGGCUGGUGGCGAGCGUGCACAGCAGCCAGCGCUGCCGCCUGUCGGUGAUGGCGCAGAGCCUGAGCUCGGUGAAGCUGCGCUUCAUCAUCCCUGGCAGCGCGUUCAUCCCCGUGCCCAAGGUGGACGUGGGGGUGGUGACACUGGAGCCGCUGGUGACCCCGCGCAUCCAGCAGCCGUUCCCGCUCGUGGAGAAGGUCGUGCGCAGCCUCUUCCAGUUUCCGCAGGAAGUACUGCCUGCGUGGCGUCGAGCUGCUGUUCCCGCAGGCUGAGCGCCUGUCUCUGUCCCAGCGCAUGCUGCGCGAGGGGGACGUGAGCCCGGUGCAGAGGCCAGCGGAGCUGAGCGUGCGCAGCGUGGGGCGGCUCUGCGGUGCCUACGCUGCCCUCUGCUUGGAGCGUCCCUCGCUCGCGGCCUACGAUUACCGCCUGGAGCUGCGGGACGCGCGGCUACGAUCGCUAGCGCGCCGCCGCGGGGGGUUGGAGGGGGGAGAAGAGGAGGAGGGGGAGGACAGGAAGAGGAAGGAUGCAGAUGACCGUAGCAGGAGCAGCAGCGGUAACAGUGGCAGCAGUAGUAGUUGAAGCAACAGCAGCAGUGGUAACAACAGUGGUAGUAGUUGAAGCAGCAACAACAGCAGCAGCUUCCAAGAGGAGCAGGAGCAUCACAGGCAGCAGCAUUAGUAGUAGCCAUAGCAAUAGCAACAGCAGCAGAUGGAGCAGCAACUUCCAACAGGAGCAGCAGCAGCAGCAGCACCAACAACACGGAUAGCAUCAGCAGUAGUAGUCAUAGCAACAGCAGCAACAGCUGAAGCAGCAACAGCAGUGGUGGCAGCAGCAUUAAUGGCACCAGCUGCAAUAACGGAACCAGUAGUGGCGAAGACAACUUAAUUUGAACAGGUUGGGUGAUUGUGGUCAUCAUCACCAUUAAGGAUAAAGAUCCCCCGUAUAACCUUAACAGACUGUUGGGGCAAGUGCUGUUAGCGGGUAGCACCUGUGAAAGGCUGCCACGGCACACGAGGAGGUGGGUGGCCAG